AAGAUGAAAGAAUGGUAUGAAGGAAAAGAACAGUGGUCACCCUGAAAAAAUAAUAUAUAAAGACAGGGCACCUAAUUGUAAAUGAAAAAGCGAAGACAGGACAUGUUCUUGUCUAUGUAUUAGAUCCAUGCAUUUAACAAUACUCACUGCUCUGUGAGCCACCAAACAAAACAAAUCAGAAUCAAACCAUUAUUAAUUUUUCAUGCUAAAACACCAUUUGGGCUGUAGAGGAAACCGGAUUCCACUCCUUCUGUUUUUUUUUCCUCGCCUUCAAAGAGAAUUUGUUGGCCUCUCUGACGCCAAAUGGUGAAGGAAAUGAGGUCUGAUUUGAACCCAUUUUCACUCUCGAAACACAACAGCGUCAUUAUAAAGUUUGCAGUCUCAUUUCUCUUGGUGGGUCUUGCUUUUCGUUUAUUAAUCUCUGGUUCAUUCAGAUUCUCUUCAGUUGUCGAGACAUCCGUCCCAGCUAAUGAAGAGACUAAACCAGAGUCUUUAAUGGCUUCUUUGCCUGAAGAGCCAGCUUCUAAUGAUUUUGAAGCUAAUAAAAGCCAAAAUUCACAAUCAGGAAAGUGUGAUUUGUUUACUGGAGAAUGGAUACCGGACCCUUCUGGUCCGUUUUACACUAAUCAGAGUUGCCUUCAGAUAGAAGGUCAUCAAAAUUGUAUGAAAAAUGGAAGACCUGAUUCAGGGUACCUCUACUGGAGGUGGAGUCCGCGUGGCUGCAGUCUCCCCAAGUUUAAUCCUAAAAAAUUUCUUCACCUGAUGAGGAAUAAGUCAUGGGCCUUCAUUGGUGAUUCCAUUUCACGUAACCAUGUCCAGUCAUUGCUUUGCAUUCUCUCUCAGGUGGAGCAAGCUGUUGAAACAUACCAUGAUGAGGAAUAUAGGUCGAAAAUAUGGCACUUUCGAACCCACAACUUCACUCUUUCAGUAAUUUGGACCCCCUUCCUUAUCAAAGCAGAUAUUUUUGAAGACAUGAACGGAGUUUCCUCUUCAGAAAUCCAGCUUCAUCUAGAUGAACUUGAUAAAAAAUGGACCGAUCAAUAUAGGAAUUUUGAUUAUGCAAUAGUUGCUGGAGGAAAAUGGUUCCUGAAAACUGCCAUCUACCAUGAGAACAACGUGGUUACAGGCUGCCAUUACUGCCCUGGAAAGAAUUUGACUGAGCUAGGGUUCGAUUAUGCAUAUCGCAAAGCAAUACAGCUGAUUUUUAACUUCAUCACAAACUCUGGUCACAAAACUCUUGCUUUCCUUAGAACAACCACGCCAGACCACUUCGAGAACGGAGAAUGGUUUAGUGGGGGUACUUGCGAUAGAAAGGUGCCCUUCAAAGAAGGCGAGGUUAAUAUGACUGAUGUAGACACGAUAAUGCGUAAUAUUGAACUGGAAGAGUUUGCGAAGGCUGCAGCGUUAGGACCUGACAAAGGGGUGGUUUUGAAACUACUGGAUACAACUCGAUUAUCAUUGUUGAGACCAGAUGGGCACCCAGGACCAUACAGGCAGUUUCAGCCAUUUGCUGAAGAUAAGAAUUCUAAAGUUCAGAAUGAUUGCUUACAUUGGUGCUUGCCUGGGCCAAUAGACUCUUGGAAUGAUUUGGUGAUGGAGAUGAUAGUCAAUGGCGGAAUAUAUCAAUGACAGAUUUUUGCUAGGCUCAGCUUCUCCAUGAUUUUUUGGCAAGCUUGGCUGAAUAAGAUCUUGAUGAUUGAAUGAAGUGGGAUUUGACUUUUGGAAAAAGAACAGCUGAUUUUCUAUGGCUUGUGCUUGCCAUGCACGGGGAGCCAUUACCCUGCCUAUGCACACCCGUUGGGUUGGCGCGAUUGUAAAUGAAAACCUACAUUCUUUAUGAUCAUUUCAUUUCAUCACAGUUAUUUGGUCAUACACUUGGAAUACACAGUCGUUCUAUCACAGGAAAA